UUUUCUCUGCUGCAUAACAAAAGAGUUCGUCGAUCGGUGUGGACGUGUGCGCGUUAUUAGUGAAAAUAUGAGAAGAUUUGGUUUGGGCAACUGAAAGUAAUAUUGCAAUACGUCACAAAAGUGGUUUUAUGCCUGUGAAUAAAUGGUUUUAAAUAAUGUGUCUAAAUGGUCAAGAAAGUGUUUGAAAUCUGCAUAAUACCACACUAUGAAGUUAUUUGGUGACAAAUGAUUAAUGAAAAGAAGAUAUUUCUAAUCAAAGUGUUCAAAGUGCUAAUGAAAUAUAUUGAGUUAUAUUCAUGAUAAUUGGAAAAUGAGUUCUUUCCUGAUGGGUUAUCCGCACCACUUUCAAUCAAUGGGAAUUAAUAUUGAGCCUAAGUUUCCGCCAAGUGAUGAAUAUAGUUUUCAUAAUGGAUAUAAUAAUGUGAAUGGUAUUACACAUAACGGAAAUGAAUACUUACAUCACCCAACAAGUGAAAUAACACCGCACAGUUCUGGAGCCAACAAUGGAAAUAAUUACAACAGUUAUUCACAUGGUAUGAGUGGACAUUAUUACCACCAUCACCAUCAUCACCACCAUCAUAAUGGAUACACGUCUCCGGUACAAAUGCAUCCGACAGCUUCGAUACCCACGCCUGCAGCAAUUGUACAACCUUCAACACCAUCGAGCAGUUCAACACCCAAUGAAAGUAAUGGAUACGUGUCAAAUACAUACUAUCCUACAUACUACAACGGUAGUGGACAUCAACCUUUAAUGGACGUUCCGCUACAAUGUCCAGGAAGUGAAAUUAGCAAUACGGCUUUAGGAUUACAAGAAUUAGGUUUAAAAUUAGAUAGGCGAAUAGAGGAAGCAGUUCCUGCUGGACAGCAAUUACAAGAACUUGGAAUGAGACUGAGAUGUGAUGAUCUAGGAUCUGAUCAGGAUGAAUAUCUAGAUGAAGAACAAAUGAUGAUGGAUAGGUCACCUGAUGAAACGGAAUCAAACGAUGGAGAACUGGACGAACUGGAUUCUGAUAAUGAUCUCGGCGACGAUAUGAUGAACACCACUAGUGACGGGGAACGAAUUAUUUAUCCAUGGAUGAAAAAAAUUCACGUUGCUGGUGUUGCGAAUGGCUCAUACCAACCGGGAAUGGAACCGAAACGCCAACGUACAGCCUACACCAGACAUCAAAUUUUAGAAUUGGAGAAAGAGUUCCAUUACAACCGCUAUCUCACCCGGCGACGAAGGAUAGAAAUAGCCCACACACUGGUACUGUCAGAGCGACAGAUUAAAAUAUGGUUUCAAAAUCGGCGGAUGAAGUGGAAGAAAGAUAACAAACUACCCAAUACUAAAAACGUAAGAAAGAAAAGCGGUGAUCAAGGUAAGAACAACGCCGCAUCCAACCCAACAGGCGGUACAGGGAAAAAAGGUCGCAAAGCGAACUCGUCAAGCUUAUCAAACGCGAAGAAGCAAAUGAGUCUUCAAAGUGAAUGCCUUCGUACUGAGAGCCUUGAAAGCAUGACGGACAUUCAUAAUUCAUUGAAUGGAAGUAAUCUGGGUUCAGUUCCUUACAUUUCUGCGUCGGACGUAACCGGAGUGUUGCCCACAAAUUCCAGCAAUAAUAAUAACAACCAAGAGUCGUCAUCUCAUGGUCAACAACAUCAACAGCCUGCACCACAAUUACUGAACAGCUCCGCGACCACCAAUAAUGUGAAUAGCACUGGUGUCCAUUCCAUUAGUAUUAAGCACGACUAUGAUCUCACUGCUCUCUAGGAAAGUAAUGAACAUGAAAUCAGUUCAUUCCUAAUUUAUGACCUUUAUCCACCGAAAAAAAACGAAUGUAGGAGAACUCAAAUGAAUUUUCAUCCAUCAAGAAAAAACUUUCUGUUGAGUACAGUUUGAAUUGUAAUUAGAACAAUAAGUUUUGAGUGUGUAAUAUUCAUAAAGAAGAAGGAAAUAUAUGGCAUGCGGUUCGAACUUAGGUAUUAGAGAACAAAAAGUUCCAACCAUUGUUGCAUUACAACAACAAAGUCGAUUAUGGCCAUUUCCAUCGUACAUGCUCGCAAAUUCAUCUAUUUCUAAAUCUAACCUAUUUAGCUGAAAAUAGUUCUGUUCUCACUGAUAGUCAUUCUCAAACAAACAAACAUUAGAAAUAAAAAAAGUUAAGAACACAUUUUAGAGUAAAUAUGUAUUUGAAAUGGGAGAGAAAAUGAGAUGAAUCCUGGAAACGGUAACUUCAUGUGUCAUUUGGAUGUAAUAUUGAAAAAAUGUUUGUAAAAAAUGAGAGAAAAAUUGCUUAUGUUUUCUUGGAGUGAUUAUUCAUUAGUCUAUGAGAUGCCAUUUCAAUGUAAUAAAAAUAACUCAUAAAUUCGGAUGAAACAGUGAUGUAGCUUUAAGAUGCAAACAAUGUAAACACCUGUACAAAAC